CUCGCCACUCCCUCGCCGUUCCAGCUCAUCUGCUCGGCACAUGACGCCUCCUGCCUUUACCUCGUGAUGCGAGCGUAUCUUGGCGGCAAUCUUGCCAACCUGCUUGCCGCACACGGCCCGCUGACCGAGAACUCCGCGCGCUUCUACCUCGCAAACAUUGCUCUCGGCCUUGAGUUACUGCACGUGCUCGGUGUAAUGUAUCGAGACCUAAAACCUGAGAACGUCUUGCUCGGCUCCAGCGGCUGGCCGGUGCUGGCAGACUUUGGCCUCAUCGCUUUUGUGGACUCUUCGGCCAAUGCCUCCCGCUCGUACACGCGCGUGGGAACCCCGCUCUUCAUGGCACCGGAGAUGGUGGCGGAGACGGGGCACGGGGCAGAGGUCGAUUGGUGGGCGAUGGGCGUCCUGGCCUGCGAUUGCCUCACCGGUCACACUCCCUUCGCCGAAGACGACGACGAGGCUGCUCUAUACCGCAACAUCGCCACCGCCACAUUCGCGCGGCGCUUCCAGCGCGAAUUCGCCUGCCGCCUCGGGCCCGGCGCGCCCCUCGUCGAUGCGCUGCUCAAACUAGAGCCAUCAGAGAGGCUCGGCGCUGGCACUGGAGGCGUGGGCGCCCUCCGCGCGUGCCCCUUCUUCCGCGGAGUGCCGUGGGAGGCUCUGCGCAGGAGGCAGGUGGCGGCGCCG